AUGUCUUACAUACACUUAAAGCUAUCUUUAUUGGAUCAGCAAACUACUCAACCACAACCCACCAGAAAAAAAGUGUUAUUGUUUGAUGCAAUCCGCGGACUCCAGUAUAUUGAGGACUAUAUUGAUGAAAGACAACAUGAUUGGUUGUUAGAUCAUAUUGAUAAACAGCCAUGGCUUGAUGACCUAAAGCGGCGUGUUCAGCAUUACGGUUUUAAGUAUGACUACAAAGCGCGGAAAGUUAAUCUUGAUAUGCGUAUUGGUGAGUUACCAGAAUGGCUGAAAAGGUUCAGGGACAAAUUAUACAAAGACGGACAGAUGCCCAGAGCUGCAGAUCAAGUAAUCGUCAAUGAAUACCUGCCUGGGCAAGGCAUUGCAAGUCACAUUGAUUGUGAACCCUGUUUUGAGGGGACGAUAGUCUCUUUGAGUUUAGGGUCGGGUUGUAUUAUGGAUUUCACAAACAAAUCCGAUAAAACAAAAAAGAUUCCGGUCUGGCUUGCCCCAAGAAGUUUGGUUGUGUUGAAUGGCGAAGCGAGACAUGAGUGGUUACACGGGAUCGCCGCAAGAAGAUCAGAUGAAUGGGAUGGUCAAAAAUAUGAGCGGCGGCGACGGGUAUCACUAACAUUUAGAAAGGUGAUUAUAAAAUAA